AUGACGUCCCUCUUACAUCUCAAUACAGUGACCAGGGAAAAGAGAAAAGACACCACAAGAGUGUGUAAACACAUCAACAUUCAUAUUUCAGAAUAUAUUUAUUCCAAUGGCCGCUGACUAGAUCUAUCUAUUUACUCUAACCCAAAAGAGUGAGAGAAAGAGAGAAAACUAUCCAAAAUACCAAGGAUGUCAAAGAAACUCCCCAUCUUCUCAUCUCAUCUCCCCAUACAAUUUCCUUUACCCCAUUUUCCGCGCCUCUCUUACCUACUUUAGUUGCACUACUUCAUUUCUCUCCAUAAAGGCUCGUCAGAAGAGAAGCACCUUGAGAGUAAAAAGAAAUACCCAAAUCCCCGUAUUUUGCUCACACAAUGCCCAACACAUCCAAUUCAUUUCGUCGCCAUUGGUUCCCAUUCCUAUGCAUCAUCAUACCUCAGUCCCCAUAAGAAACUAUGGUAUUGUACUACCUCGACGGACCAUCCAGCCCCGCCUCCCUAACCAACUUCCAAAACUGCCCCCGCUGCUCAAUCAAAUUCUUGGGCGUAUCAAACUCCGCCACCCUCCCUUGAUCCAACACCACAAUCCGGUCCGAGUCCAGAAUCGUGUUGAUCCGAUGCGCAAUGGUGAUGAUGGUGCGGUUCGCAAAGAGCGGCGACCUCAACGUCGUCUGCAACAAGGCGUCCGUCUCUACGUCAACGGCCGCUGUCGCUUCGUCGAGCACGAGGAUGUUCGACGGGGUGAGGAGCGCCCGAGCAAGGGAUACGAGUUGACGUUGACCUUGUGA